AUGGUAGCAUUAAACGUUGCUGGCCUUCAUGAUAGCCAUCUGCACCAGAAGGUCUCUACGACUUGCCACCCAAAUGAGAAGUUUGCUCUACGAAAGCCUCGAAAGCCUCGAAAGAAAGUGAAGGCGAUUAUCUGUGUUCUUUUCGUGGAGUUAUUCGAGAGGUUCACUUUUCUUGGGAUUGUGUGUAAUAUGAUCCUAUUUUGCAGCAUAAGACUGGGAUAUAACAAUUACCAGGCUGCCAUUGUCAACCUAUGUUUUGUGGGAGCCAGUACACUCACACCUGUUCUCGCAGGAUGGUUUGCAGAGACAUGUUUGGGAAGGGAAAAAGUUUUUUACCUUAGUGCUCUCCUUCAUUUCUUUGGCACAGCACUGCUCCCCGUAGUUGCAUUCCCAUUCGAUGAUUUCUACAUUGACACACACAAUAUUAAACAUCAGCUUGAGCCGCAUAUACAACAUAUUCUCUUCUACACAGGGCUGCUAUCUGCUGCUCUUGGUAUUGGGGGGAUACGUGCUAUUCUUUGCCCAUUGGGAAUCAAUAACCUUCAAGGUUAUAAUCAAAAGAAGAUACUAUCCUUUUUCAACUGGAUCUACUGGUUAGUCAAUCUGAAUUCUACAGUAAUUUUCUUGGGGAUCGCCUUUAUCCAGCAGUCUGUGGGCAAAAACCUGGGCUUUCUUAUUCCCUUCACUUCUGUUCUCCUGGGACUCGUUGGCACCCUUAUGGCACGCAGCAAACUUAUCCUACAUCCCAAGAAAGGUAAUUCAUUGCUGACCACACUGGGUGUGUUUCUAAACGCUUUAAAAAUGGGCUGCUUCCAUUAUCGUCAUUUGAGUGGAGAUGUGACUGACUGGCUUGAUCGAGCCAAAGAGAACAACGGAGGAUGCUACAGUGAGACCAAAGUGGAAAAUGUUAAAAUAAUGCUAAAGCUUUUUCCUCUUUUUGCACUGCAGUUACUCUACAGGACUUGUAUAACCCAGAUUCCAUCAGGAUAUUUUCUCCAGACAAUGCAUUCAAACCUCAACCUUAAUGGUGUCAUGCUGCCAAUAGCAGCUAUGAAUGUGAUCAGCAUUUUGCCUUUACUUAUUUUAGCACCACUACUGGAGUUUGUCAGUACCUGUUACCAGUAUUUAAAGAGAACACCUCCCUCCCCAGUCAAAUUAAUAAUAUUCGGACAUGUGUGUGCAGCUCUGUCUGCGCUAAUUGCAGGUAUUUCAGAGAUGCACAGAAAGCACUAUCCUCAAAUGGAUCAGUCCAUCUCAGGUACUGUGCUUCAGGUGUCCUCGAUGCCUUGCAUUCAUCUUGCACCUCAGUACAUCUUACUGGGUGUGGCAGAAGCCUUUGUCACCCCAGCAUGCUCCCUUAUCUCCUUCUGUCUUACUCCCAGCAACCUUAGAGGGAUCGCCCUACAAUUCCUUACUCUCUCCUAUGGUGGAGGAUCUUUUCUGGGUGCUCUUCUGAUUCAUUUCUUUUACUUUGUGUCUGGUGGAAGCUUUUAUCCAAAUAUAUUAAACAAUGGCAAUAUGGAAAGAUUUUUUCUUACUCUAGCAAUAUUGAUGGCCAUAAACACACUGUUAUUAUGGAAAAUAUCUCACAAGUACACAGAUCUAAGUGUUGACUUAAAUACAAGAGUGAGACAAAGUUGCCUGGCUGAAAAGCUUCUGCAAUAUAAAGCCUGCCUCAGAUAUUAUACAGUGGAACCAGAUUAUCCAUAGAGACUUUUUUUUUUUUUUUACUUCUGCAUGAUUGGUCAAUAACUUAUUACAUGUUUUACCUUAUUACAUGGCUUUGGCAAAUUAUUGCUGCAUUAUAUUUAGUUGAAAAUAUAUAUUGUGACGCUGGCGUUACACAAAGUGUUUGAUUGAACUUUAUCUAUGUGCUAACCCCAUACCCCACUUCCAAUUAUGUGACUCUAUAAGCUAAGAAAUUGUUUUGCCUUAACUUAAUGGAAUUGUUGGUGCUACCAAUCCCUUAAUGUGAAUGAAC